AUGUAGAAAUUAAAUAGCCUUUUAUUUUCCGCAGGUUUUGUAGAUACAUAGCAUUCCAAGGGGGGGGAAACACAGUCUAUAUCAAUUUCUUUCCCUAAUUGCACAUGCUUUAAUGCAGAGCAAUAAUCAAACUACAAUUCCCACAGUUCCCCGGGAAGAUUCGGUGAUGACGUUACUCAGCGACAGUCCAGGCGAGCGUUCGAGCUUGUUUUCUUUGCAAUGCGCAUGCGCUCCUACAGGAAACCUUCGGAGUUCAGAAUGAUGCGGGGGGAGGUAGGUUGCGACUGAGCGGAACUCCGCGGUGCCUCCUUUCCUCCCGCUCUUCCCAGUUGCUACUAAACAUGUCGUCUCGGAGAAAUCGCCCCGCCUCAGAACAUGACAGCGAUGAUGAUUCAUAUGAAGUACUGGAUUUAACAGAAUAUGCAAGGCGUCACCAUUGGUGGAACUGUGUAUUUGGCAGAAAUUCUGGACCUCUUGUAGAAAAAUAUUCUGUAGCAACUCAGAUUGUAAUGGGUGGUAUAACAGGCUGGUGUGCAGGAUUUUUGUUUCAGAAGGUCGGAAAACUUGCAGCAACUGCAGUAGGUGGUGGCUUUCUGUUGCUACAAAUAGCUAGCCAUAGUGGUUACAUACAGGUUGAUUGGAAAAGAGUUGAAAAAGAUGUAAAUAAAGCAAAAAAGCAGCUCAAAAAACGUGCAAACAAAGCAGCACCCGAAAUCAACACAUUAAUUGAAGAGUCAACAGAAUUUCUUAAACAGAACAUCGUGGUGUCUGGUGGGUUUGUUGGAGGCUUUUUGCUAGGUCUUGCAUCUUAAGGACAUGAUUUUCAUCUUCCUGCUGACUUAACCACGGAAAAGAUGAAUGACAGUGAUGCACAGAGCUUGUCUAUCCUCCCUAAAUCUCCUGAGCAAGAAGGAUGGAGUUGCCAGAUACAUUGGAGCAUUUUAUAUCUUAGGCUUUACCUCCUGAUGCUUACUGAAGGAGGUUUGCUGAAAAUUCUGCUGUGCGUUCAGUAUCAUUCCCAAAGAAAAAAAGGCUAAUUCUCAUAAUGUUUUCAUUUUCUUUUAGAGUUCAUAUUGAAUAUGUUAUUUUUGUUCUGCACUUCUCAUUUUUAGAGUUUAUAUUUAUUAUAUAAAAUUAUCUCAUACUGUGGUUAAUGAUGUUAUGCCAAACAUGUUGAAUAUUGUAUUUUAAGCGCAAGGCUAGCCUACUUAUUUUUGAAAUCACAGCGUAAUAAUAAUUUGUACAGGUAUUUUUUGCAAAGAUGAAAUAAUAAGCAACUAUGAACCCAUUAAAGAGUAAAAAAUACCAUUAGCAGAU